GGGCCGCCCCGGCAGAUGGGCUUAGGCUGGAGCAGCGCGGAGGAGCGGCAGCCGCUCCUGCGGCCCCCGCCGCCCCCAACGGCAGCGCAGCGGCGGCCGCAGCCUCGGGGGCCGGCGGGGGGCCCGGCCGUGCCGGUUCCCGUUCGGCGGUUGGCGCCGGCCGCGGGCCGCGUGUACGGGCGGCGGUGGUUGGUGCUGUUGCUCUUCUCGCUGCUGGGCUUCUCGCAGGGCCUGGUGUGGAACAGCUGGGGCCCCAUCCAGAACUCGGCCCGCCUGGCCUUCGGUUUCAGCGGCUGGGACAUCGCCCUGCUCGUCUUCUGGGGGCCCAUCGGCUUCGUGCCCUGCUUCUUCUUCAUGUGGCUGAUGGACAAGAAGGGUCUUAGAGUGACUGUAUUACUAACAUCAUCACUCAUGGUUUUGGGAGCUGGCCUAAGAUGUGUUCCAGUUUCAGACCUGGAACUAAGGAAGAAGCUGAUUCAUGGAGGGCAGCUGUUAAAUGGCUUGGCGGGGCCAACUGUGAUGAACGCAGCCCCGUUUCUUUCCACAACGUGGUUCUCUCCAGACGAACGUGCGACAGCAACGGCAAUUGCCUCCCUGCUCAAUUACCUGGGCUGUGCUGGCGCGUUUUUAGUGGGACCUCUUGUGGUGCCAUCUCCUAAUGGAACCUCGCACCUCCCGCUGUUGUCACAGAGCAGCACCGAGCACAUCAAGGACCGCAUUGAGGCUGUGCUCUAUGCAGAAUUUGGGAUGGUUUCCUUGAUAUUUUCCGCAGCGUUGGCCUACUUCCCCUCACGCCCUCCAUUCCCUCCCAGUGUGGCUGCAGCUAGUCAGCGGCUUAGCUACAGGAGGAGCUUCUGCAGACUCUUAAGCAAUUUCCGAUUCUUGAUGAUUGCUUUAGCCUAUGCUAUACCACUGGGUGUUUUCUCUGGCUGGUCUGGCGUUCUGGAUUUGAUAUUAACACCAGUUCAUGUGAGCCAAGUAGAUGCAGGCUGGAUUGGAUUUUGGUCUAUAGUUGGAGGCUGCGUUGUUGGCAUAGCAAUGGCAAGAUUUGCAGAUUUUAUUAGGGGCAUGCUGAAAUUUAUUCUGCUGCUGCUUUUAUCUGGAGCAACGUUAGCAUCAACCUGGUUCACUCUCACCUGUCUAACUAGUGUCACCCAUCUGCCUUUAACCACAGCCACACUGUAUACAUCCUGUAUUUUGUUGGGCAUAUUUCUCAACAGCAGCAUACCAAUAUUCUUUGAGCUCUUUGUGGAAACAGUCUACCCUGUUCCAGAAGGAAUUACCUGUGGAGUUGUCACCUUUUUGAGUAAUGUGUUUAUGGGAGUGCUUUUGUUUUUCCUCACGUUUUACCACACAGAGUUCUCCUGGUUCAACUGGUGCCUCCCAGGAUCAUGUCUGCUCAGCCUGCUCCUCAUCCUGUGCUUCCGGGAAUCCUACGACAGACUCUAUCUCGACGUCGUUGUCUCUGUUUGAUAACACAGGACUGCUGACAGGUUGGGAGAGACUGAGUUGACUUUUACAGUCUGCACAUCUGCCUGGAUUUGCACAGCUAGCCAGAGGGGGGAAAAAAAAUACAAGGUAUAAUUGUGGCUUUAUUAGUGCAGGUGAGGACAGGAUGUUUCUUACAUUCAAGCCCACUCAAUUUGCAUUCAUUACAGGCAGAUGAACGUGCAACUUGAGUGGUCAUAAAGAUGCCUGAAAUGCACAAGAAGAAUAUAUCUGAUGUACAGUUUCCAGUGUCUGACCUGGGUUCCUCUAUUUGAAGGCUGUUUUGUUCAUGUAGCAGUGAGGUGUAUGUUAGUGUGAGUGUGUGUGAGAGAGCCAACUCAAGGUAGUAUGCACUGGGGUACUGGUAACUUUUGAGUCUUCUAUCAGAAUAGGAACAGUGAAUAAUCUCACAAAAAAAAAAAAAAAAAAAAAAAAAA